AUGGUCAAGAUUGCCAAGAUCGAGCACUUCCGUGUAAAGCCUAGAUGGCUGUUCGUCAAGCUCACAGACGAGGAGGGCAAAGUCGGCUGGGGCGAGGGCACGCUUGAAGGACAUGAUCUAGCUGUGGAAGGAGCGUUGAAUGAGAUUAUUGUUCGACUCAUUGGGCUGGAGGCAAACAAUAUUGAGCAUAUAUGGCAGCUGGUCUGGCGGCUUGGCUUCUACCGAGGAGGGCCUGUCUUCAUGUCAGCGCUGUCAGGUAUUGAUAUUGCUCUUUGGGACCUGAAAGCUCGACGACUCAAUGUGCCACUGUACGAACUCCUUGGUGGCCUGGUCCGGCAGAGAUGUCAGGUGUACUGCUGGAUAGGUGGAGAUAGACCAGCUGAUGUCGAGGCUGCUGCGAAGAAGAGGAAAGAGCAAGGAUUGACUUGUGUGAAGAUGAACGCUACAGAAGAUGUCAACUGGUUGGACAUGCCAUCCGUCCUUGACUCGACAGUAGAGCGAUUGCAAGCAGUCAAAGCACUAGGUCUCAAUGCUGGUCUCGACUUCCACGGGCGCCUGCACAAGCCAAUGGCAAAACAGCUUGCCAAAGCGUUGGAACCACAUCGACCGCUGUUCAUCGAAGAGCCCAUCCUUGUUGAGCAUCCCGAGGCAUUGAAGCAACUCGCCAACAUGACCUCAAUACCGAUCGCGCUUGGCGAAAGGUUGUACCAUCGGUGGGAUGCUAAGAGAUUUUUAGAAGAAGGUCUCAUCGACAUCCUCCAGCCGGACAUCGCGCAUGCGGGAGGUAUCUCAGAGACCAGACGUCUUGCCAACAUGGCGGAAGCCUAUGAUGUGGCCAUCGCACCACAUUGUCCGCUUGGUCCAAUCGCGUUCGCAGCGUCGCUACAUGUCGGGCUGUCGACGUCCAACUUUGUGGUUCUCGAGAUGUCGCUGGGGAUGCAUUACAACACAGAGGCAGGAGACAUCGAUCUGAACACGUACUUGAAAGAUCAAUCGGUGUUUGAGAUCAAAGAGGGUCAUGUCGCUGCUCCGACUGGCCCUGGGCUGGGGAUAGAUAUCGAUGAGGACAUGAUCCGAAGGAUUGCUGCAGAGACCGAACCUUGGCAAUGCAAGGAGUUCUAUGGGCCAGAUGGGUCGAUCAGAGAGUGGUAG